AUGAAUGACUGGACUCUCCCCAGUGUUGUGAUCACGGGCUCCACGGCUGUAAAGGUGGUGCUGAUGGCAGGUGUAGUUCUUUUAACGGGUCGCCAAUGGAGACUCCGGAGAACACAGAGGGAGCUGACUGCUCGUCUAACCUCGGAUUCUGAAAAGCUUCGAGAUAUGCUAUCCAGACUGCAAGAAAAAGAGGAAGAAGUCGAUAAAUUGAGAAAGAUGUUACUAGAGAAAGAAGCUGCCUUGCGAGAGCGCCCGAGUGCCGACUUAAUUAUUGAAGAACUCGGGAGGCGAGAUCACCAUAUCUGUGAAAACUGGAGCACCAGCUGCGAGCUGCGGGGGGAAAUGCGAGCCCUCAGGGAACAGGUGCGGGACUGGUUUGUGGAAAAAGAGGCUAUCGCCACCAGAGUGAGACACCUCGAGUCGGAGAAACAGAAAGCCGAGACGGAGGUGUCCGAACUGAGAGAGAAGAUCCGCGACCUGGAAGACUCAUUGGAGGAGCGCGCCGCCGAGAAUAAGUCCUUCAAGCGGCGUGUCCGCAGAAGAGAUCAGCACAUUGGCCAUUACGUCAGUAUGAUCCGAAGCAUCCAGCGUGAGUUUCGCGAACUUCAACAGCAGAUUCCGGACAUUUUGAGGGAGCAGGAGAGUCUUCAGAGCGAAAUCGAGGAGCUCAAGCGACAAAAACGCAGCGAGGAAGAAGAGGAGGCGCGUCAGAAGAUGAUUCUGGAGCUGAUGCAGGAGGUGCUCAAAGGAGGCAACGUAGAAAAUGUCAAAAAUAAGAAGGAUGAUGACCCACAGGAGUCUCAAAGAGAAGGACAAGCAUCUUGA